CAGCUCGGCGCCUGGGAUCGGUUCCUGCUGGAUCUGGGAGCGGGGACGAUGUGUGUGCAGAGGCUGCUGCUCCUCCUGACUGCCUUCGAUCUAGUGGCUAUCACUUGGGCGCUUUCCACCUGCACCACCCUGGACACGGAGCACAUCAAGAGGAAACGAGUGGAAGCCAUCAGGGGACAGAUCCUCAGCAAACUCAGACUGACCAGUCCGCCUGAGGAAGCGAGUCCAGCCGAGGUCCCAGCCCAGGUACUGGCCAUGUACAACAGCACCCGCGAGUUACUGCAGGAGCUGGGCAGAGACCGGGAGCAAAGCUGCGUUACUCACAACACCGACUUCGAGUACUAUGCCAAGGAGGUGUACAAGUUUGAUAUGAUCCAGGGCCCGGCCGUGGACAAUGAUGUCAGUUCUUGCCGUGGGAUCACAUCGAAGGUUUUCCGAUUCAAUGUAUCCUCAAUGGAGAAGAAUGUUUCCAACCUGUUCCGGGCAGAAUUCCGGGCUCUCCGUGUUCCAAAUACAAGUGCAAAACGCAAUGAGCAGAGGAUUGAAGUGUAUCAGGUAGGGACACCGAUGAUUCUAAAGCCUGAUGAUCAUAUUGCCAAACAGCGAUACAUUGCGGGGAAAGUGGUCCUUACUAAGGGCAUCAGCGAGUGGGUCUCAUUUGAUGUCACCGAGAGUGUGAAGGAAUGGCUAAUUAACAGAGAUACGAACCUUGGUCUGGAGAUUAGCGUCCACUGUCCCUGUCACACCUUCCAUGCCAAUGGCGUCAUCUCCAAUGAACAUGAGGUUCUAGAUGUCAAGUUUAAGGGAAUUGAUGACUAUGAAUUCUCGGAAAGAGGUGAUCUGGGCAGACUUCAGAAACGCAAGGAGAAGAAGCUGGUGCAUAUGGGCCCCACCAACCCCCACCUCAUUCUCAUGGUUCUACCCCCACACCGACUAGAUAACCACCAGCACAGCCACAGGAAGAAGCGUGCCCUGGACACUGCUUAUUGUUUCAGGAAUUACGAAGAUAAUUGUUGUGUGCGUCCACUCUACAUCGACUUCAGACAGGACCUCAGGUGGAAAUGGAUUCAUGAACCCAAAGGAUACUACGCAAAUUUCUGUGCAGGUCCCUGCCCAUAUCUACGCAGCACUGAUACUCAACACAGCACGGUGCUGGGAUUGUAUAACACAUUAAAUCCAGAGGCCUCAGCGACUCCGUGCUGUGCUCCUCAGGACCUCGAGCCUCUGACUAUCCUGUACUAUGUCGGCCGAACACCCAAAGUGGAACAGCUGUCCAACAUGAUUGUCAAGUCCUGUAAAUGUAGUUGAGAUCCCUCUCAUCAUAUGUCCGUGCAUGUGAGGUUUGCAUGUUUGUGUGUGAGGUAUAUGUGUGCAUGUGUAAAAGGACUGUGUGUGUGUGUGUGUGUGUGUGUGUGUGUGUGAGAGAGAUAUGUGAGGUAUGUAAGGUUAUUGUAUGUGCGAAGGGCAGAUCUUGAGACCCUAAACAGCUGACUGAACAUGACCUACUGUUGGCACUCUGGUCGAUAAUCCCUGGUCUUACAGAACAGACUAGCAAGAGAGGAGUUACAAAGAUUUACAAAAAAAUGGGGAAAAUAUUAGAAAAAAAUCCAAAAUAUGAAUCAAAACAAAAUGGAGUGGAAUGGAUUUAAUCAUUGGUCCUAUUGGAGACUAUGCUCACGGUUGUUUGGGCUGACUGUGUCUUCCUUAUGGAUUUAUUAACUGUAAGCACACACAAGCCUAGUGAUGAGGCUGAAGAUGGUUCACAUCAUGAGGGACAAGGCCAGUGGAUAUGCAGAAUUCUAAGUGAAUUCAAAUGACUUUAAUUGUAAUUUCUUUUUGCGCUGUGCGCAGUGUUGGGAAUG